GGGGAAACGCGAAGCCCAGAUUUUGUGUUGAUGAAAAGCAAAGCAACAGCAUGCCGACGUUGCUGCAAAAGCUCUUCAGCAAGAGAGCAGUCGGUAACGGUAACGGCAGCGCCCGGGACUGCUCGACGGGAGCGGAGCAGCGUUGGGCAUCUGCUGAGUUUGAUCUAGCUCAGAUCAGGCUGAUAGUGUAUCAGGACUGCGAGAGAAGAGGACGACAGGUUCUGUUUGACUCUAAAGCAAUACAUAAACUGGACGCAUCUGAGCCGACGGCUGAUGAAACCAAAACUCCCCCUAACCGCAGUGGAGCUUGCCAUAUCGGCAGCCAAGCAAAUGAGAAAGACAAGCCUCCUACAUAUCAGUAUACCAGACCGGCUUCAGAUGUGAACAUGCUUGGAGAGAUGAUGUUUGGCUCUGUUUCCAUGAGCUACAAAGGUUCAACUCUUAAAAUUCACCACAUUCGGUCUCCACCGCAACUGAUGGUCAGUAAGGUUUUUUCCACCCGGUUCGGAAGCAGCAGCACCUCUGGAAGUACAAACACGCUUCAAGACAGUUUUGAGUCGAUGAGCCAAACUUUUCCUAGUCACACCAGCAGCAGCAUAGAACAACUCAAAUCAACCGUCAGAGUACGCCAUGUACCUAGCGCUCCUCUGCUCUCCCUGGUUCGGAGCGCAUCUUUUUUUGCAGCCCACAGCAAUCCGGUGGACAUGCCGAGCAGAGGACACAGUGAGGACGGAGACAGUGGCAUAGCUCGCUCGGCAUCUCUGAGCAGUUUGCUGGCCACCCCGCAGCCUUCACCUGGCUCUUCCUUCAGCAGUGGCUGUGCCAGCAGCUACCAGCGCCGGUGGCUCCGCAGCCAGGCCACCAGUCUACAGCAUGGCCCCAUGCCCCGCUGGAACGCAGAGGAAAUGUUCAACCUGUCUGACGAGAGCUGCAGCUCCAACCCUGCCAUGAUCCGGAGGAAGAAGAUUGCCAUCAGCAUCAUCAUCAGCCUGCCGGAGCGAGAAGAGGAAAAUCACAACUUUCAGGAGUUUUUCUUCUCCCACUUUCCUCUUUUCGAGUCUCACAUGAACAAACUCAAGACUGCCAUCGAGAGGGCAAUGAUAGUGUGCAGAAGGAUAGCAGAGUCCAGUCAGCGAGUGCAGGUCUAUCUGUGCAGAGUGAUGGAAGCUCUUGGAGAGUUCAGGAUGACAGUGUGGAACCUGUACAUGGCUCCCCGCAUCAGCGAACCAGUCUGGCUGUCCAUGAUCUCCCAGAGUGCCGAGCGAAACCUACUGUGCCAGCGCUUCCUGAAGGAGAUGAGUUUGCUGAUGGAGCAUGGAGUCAAGAGCCAGUUUCUGUCAGCUCUCCUUACUGCUGUUCUUACACAUCAUUUAGCCUGGGUGCCCACCGUCAUGCCCAGCAACCUGCCACCAAUCAAACCCGCCUGCCAGAAACCCACUUCCCAGACGGUGGAUCUGCUGGCUAAAUCUCACCCGUACAACCCGCUGUGGGCUCAGUUAGGUGACCUGUACGGAGCUUUGGGCUCUCCGGUGAGAGUGUGUCGAACGGUGGUCGUGGGCCGCAGAAGGGAGCUGGUACAGAGGGUCUUGUAUAUUCUCUCCUACUUCAUUCGCUGCUCGGACCUGCAGGAACAUGUGCAACCACAAGGACAAAAGGACAAUCCAGCCAAUCCCUGCACCUCUCCAACCACUGACCCCAACCCUGCCAGUGAGAGAAUCUGCGAAAAAACAUUUCCCCCUCCACCAGACACAAUAAAGCCCAUUCCAGGCACCUUUAUGGAGCAAAAUGACGAGACUGUUUCAGCAGAUACACACUCAACCAAUACACCCACUGGUCUAGAAGCGAGCAUGGUCAGGCCUGAAUGUACUGAAAUGGGACCGGAAUGUUUUGGAGAACACGUCGACUCUGUUGGAGGUGGAUUAGAGCAUAUUUUGGCAAAUCAGAGUCCUCUUCCACAAAGGGUGCAGUUUCACAUUGGCAGCCCCAGAGAGGUGGAGAAUGUGGGACAGGCUGGGGGUUUGAUGUGUGGAGGGCAAGGGUUGGACAGGAAGUUGCAUCAAAGGCUUUUGACGGACAUAAGGAGGAACGAAAGUUCGGAUAGUGCUCUAGGUGACAGUGAUGAUGAGGAAACAUCAUCGAGAGAAAUGUACAUGGCCGCUGAACAAACAGAGUACGAGUUACCACUACCAAGUUCUCAGGUGGAGAGUCGAGCCAGUGUCAAUCAUUUUGGCCGUUCUCUGCUGGGCGGCUACUGUCCUCAGUACAUGCCCGACUUUGCCCUGCAUGGCAUCAGCUCAGAUCUCAGGCUCAAACAGUGCCUCAUGGCUGACCUGGAACACACUGUUCUUCAUCCAGCACUGGAUGAACCGGUGGCCGAGGCUCUUUGUAUUGUGGCAGAUACGGAUCGACUGAGUGUUCAGGUGGUGACGAGUCAGAGGCGAAUGUGUGAAGGCGGACGGUUGGGCAGAGACGUGAUGGUGUCCAACCUCAUACACACACUCAUCACAUCAGUUCUGCAGCUGUAUGCACUCAACAUCGCUGCUGAUUUUUGUGUGAUGCAUUUGGAGGACCGCUUACAGGAGGUGUACUUUAAGAGUCGGUCCUUAGCAGAAUAUCUGAGAGGACAAACCAGGGUCCAUGUAAAAGAGCUGGGGCUUGCACUGGGGAUUGAGUCUAGUGACAUUCCAUUGCUUGCAGCAGUGGCCAGCACACAUUCACCUUACGUGGCCCAGAUCCUUCUUUAA